GGUUGCUCCAGGGUGAGUGUCUGGGACUGUCAACAAGAUCCUACCAGUGAGGCUCCAACAAUAUUAAGUCAAAAAACAACGCGCAUAAAUCAAAAUCUGAAUAGAAUAAUCAAUAAAUGUGGAAUUUAGUUAAUAUAGUGGUCUCCAUUUUCCGAGUGUUAAUCAUGUAUGCACCCAUCCAGUCAGCAAACUUCAGCACAGAAGAUGGUGCACUGGUUGAUGGGUCUGACCACCCCUGUGAUCAUCUCACCGGCUCCUACCAGACCUGGUUGUCUAAGGCUGUGGAGGUGGAAGUUGUGGUUGUAGGUGGUGGUGUUGCUGGCCUCACUGCAGUCAAAACUCUACUUGAAAAUGAAGUAAAUGAUGUCAUUGUGCUUGAAGCCCAGGACAGACUUGGGGGCCGAAUACGCACCAUCAGGCAAGAUGGAGUGCUGGUGGAGGAAGGUGCUGAAUGGAUUCAUGGAGGAACACGUAACCCUGUCAACAGGCUGGCUGCUAGCCUCCAGGCUCUGGAUCCCAUCCUUCCUGAUGAUGCCUGGGACUGGCGCUUGGUGACUCAAGAUGGCAGAGCAGGUGACCAUCAGGCCUAUGAAUUGGCAGAGAAGCUCUUGGAGAAGUGUAAAGAAAAUGGUAUACUGACUCCUUAUUACAACACUAGUUAUGGACAGUACUACGUAGAUGGGUUUCACAAACAUUUUAAAUCACGUAGCUCAAGUGACAUGAAAAAAGCUGCACUUCGCUAUUUAGAACAGAUGGUUAAUUACAUGGAAGGUACUGGCAGCUGGUUUGACAUAUCUGCCAGAGAUGCUGACCAGUUUGUUGACUACGGUGAUGACUUCCAGUGGAAAGAUGGUUAUGACACCUUGAUCACUUACCUGAAGGAAAGCAUUCCUGACUCUGCAGUGAAACUGUCAUCACCAGUCUGCAAGAUUUUUUGGGACGAACCAGCUGAAGAGAGAGUGUUGGUUGUUACACUGACAGGUGAUGCAUACCUGGCUUCCCAUGUUAUUGUUACUGCCUCUGUUGCUCACCUUCAGGAACGCCAUACUCAUAUUUUCCACCCAGCUCUUCCACAAAGCUUGGUCAAUGCCUUGAUGAAUGUUCGCCUGGGCGUAGCAAAUAAGGUGCAAGUAGGCUGGGCAGAACCAUGGUGGGGAUCUAAACCACUUGAACUUCACAUUCUGUGGACCACCUUUGACCUUUCAGAAAACAUGUCAUGGUUGUAUGGCGUAACGAUCAUGUUCAGCAUUCAUCAGCACUGGACAGUACUGGAGACAUUUGUCACAGGUGCCAAUUCUACUUACAUGGAAUCUCUGCCAGAGAGCAUUGUUAAGGAGCAUAUCCUCUAUCUCCUAAGAAGAGUCAUUGGAGAUAUCGUCCCUGAACCCACUUUCUUCAGGAGGACAAGGUGGGGCAGUAAUCCAUGGACACGUGGGUCAUACUCCAGUUUUAUUACUCUGGAUGGAGACAAAGCUGGAAUACAUCGUCAUGACCAGCUGGCUAGCCCACUUGUCAACUCCAAAGGCAAAACAGUUGUGUUGUGGGCAGGAGAGCAUACACAUAACACACGCUACAGUACUGUGGAUGGUGCCAUGGAAACUGGCAAACAUGAAGCCCUCAAAAUAAUUUCAAAACUUAAGCCCUCUUCUUCAUCUGUGCUUGUUGAGCAUUGAUUGUAUUGCAGAUCCAAACCCUGACUUCUUGCUUUCAAGUUGGGAGAAAGGCGAUUAUUUUUAAAACAGCUUCCAUGGUUUACAUUAAGUAUUUAUUGUAUUUCCAGUUCCAUUUUGUUAUUAAUUUGGUUUUGCUUAAACAUUAUGAAAAAGAUGAAUUUAACAACCUUGGGAGUCAUUUUCUUUGCAAUGCUAUAUUUUAUCCAUGCUAUAAUUAAACUGAUAAAAUAACUUCUGCACUGUAAAAAAAUGUCUAAAGAGCUAAAUGUCAUGACAUUUUAAUUAAUUUUCAUACAGUACAUGGUUUUUCUUUUGCAAUAAUUAUAGUAUUCCAAAGUUGAACGUAAAGUCCUGGCUGAGGUGCAUACCACAUUCAUAGUUAUACCUUCAGCAUUACUCAAAAGUAAUUUAGUUACAAGUCUGCCUUACCUGUAAAGAAAAUUGGUGUAUCCAAUGUCAAAUGAACUGUUUACUGUACAGAAGUAUUUAAAAAUAUUAAUACUGCUAUAUAUUGUUGGUAAUCAU